GAUUUCUCCAUUUUUCUCCAAUCUCACAUGGACGAGGAGGGGUUUUGCUUUUAAAUGACUGUUUGCUUCCUCCCUUCUUGCAGAACCAAGUCGAUUCGUAAGAUUCCGAGGGAACAUGGAGAGCUGCCAAUCGUCGCAGGGCGGCGGAGGAGGACCGCCGCCGUUCCUGAUCAAGACCUACGAGAUGGUGGAGGACCCGGCGACGAACCGCGUCGUGUCGUGGGGCCCCGGCGGCGCCAGCUUCGUUGUGUGGGACCCGCCCGAGUUCUCAAGGGACAUGCUGCCCAAGUACUUCAAGCACAACAACUUCUCCAGCUUCAUCAGGCAGCUCAACACCUACGGUUUCCGAAAGAUCGACCCGGAGCGUUGGGAGUUCGGCAAUGAGGAUUUCGUCCGGGGACACAUGCACCUCCUGAAGAACAUCCAUCGGCGCAAGCCGGUGCACAGCCAUUCGCUGCAGAACCAGGCCAACGGGCCACUGGCGGAGGCCGAAAGGCGUGACCUCGAGGACGAGAUCAGCAGGCUCAAGCACGAGAAGAGCGUGCUCCUGGCAGACCUCCAGAGGCAGGCUCAGCAGCAGUGCGGCAUCAACUGGCACAUGCAGUCGCUGGAGGACAGGUUGGUGGUGAUGGAGCAACGCCAGGAGAAUGUUGUGGCUUACCUGGGCGACAUCUUGCAGAGACGGCGAGGCACAGUUUCAGGCUCUGUGCUGUUGGAGACAGACCAUUUCAGCAAGAAGAGGAGGGUUCCGAGGAUCGAUUUCUUCGCCCAGGAGCCUGCCGUCGAGGAACAGAGGGUGCCGUAUCUGCCGGCAAUGGUUGCCGAAACACCUGGGGUUCUUCCCCCGGUGAGCGGGGCAAAUGCUGAGCCUUUUGAGAAGAUGGAGCUGGCCUUGGUUUCCUUGGAGAAACUCUUCCAGAGGGCAGGCAACUAUGCACCUUAUGAAGACGUGUACAAUGCUGCUGCUGCACCCAGCUCUGCUCUAGCUCUUGGAAAUUUGCAGGCAGCACCAAUGGAGGGUAGCAUUAAUCUACAGCCAUCAGCUGAGCUUGCAGAACCACCAGGUUAUUCUCAGAGUCCAGUGCUACCAUCAGCAUAUAUUCACGAAGAUAUGGGCAAGACGAUAACUGGAGUUGAUAUGAACUCUGAGGCUAGCACCAGUGGCACUUCACAAGAUGAAACGACUGCCGAAACCAGAGUUUCCCAUGAACCGGCUUUGUCAAACGAUAUAUUCUGGGAGCGGUUUCUCACAGAGACUCCACAAUCAGAUGGUAAGAGAGAGAAACAAGAAUCCAAGGAGGAUGUCAAAAUUGGCGUAGACUGCAACUGGUUCAAUCACCGGGGCAAUGUUGAUCCAAUGGGGCACCUGGCUUCAGCUGAGAAAGCCUGAUGGCAUAUACCAUUCCCACUGAUUCAUAGUCCAUAUGUCAAACCACUGUGAUGUACAUUAUAGUUUUAGCUUGUUUUAUUAGCCUUUCAUACUGUAAAAAGACUUUCCCUUCCAGAGAAUAUCACUGGCUACAGUAUGAUGUUCACACACACUGUACAGCUGAUGUAGCAAAGAAUACAUUUUUGUACUCCAUUGCCCUGCUUUGUUAUGUGCAUGAUAACCUUUCUGCUAAAA